AUGUAUGGAGUCAAAUCUCUUGUCAGUGUUGGCGAGAUCCUGGGGUCCCUUUCCACGGACAACACAUCUUCUGUCCUCAGAUACAAUGAGCUCAGGAUGGGCUGUGUCUGGAUCCAAAUUUCCAUAUUUGCAGCUCUGAAGAAGAUGGGUUUCCUAAACUCCUUUCUAUCCAUCUGCCUCAUGUUUCCUCUGCAGAUGCCUGUGGGAGGCACAGAACAAUUUGUGGUGCUUGGACCAAACGAACCCAUUGUGGCCUUACUGGGUUCAGACAUCAUACUGCCCUGCCGCCUCUCCCCGUCCAUGAGUGCGGAGCACAUGGAAGUCAGGUGGUUUCGCUCCCAGUUCUCUGAAGCUGUGUUCGUGUUCCAAAAGGGGAAGGAGCAGACUGGCGAACAACUGGUGGAAUACACAGGGAGGACAGAAUUUAUAAGUGAAUUCAUUACUGAGGGGAGGUUGGCUGUGAAGAUUUACAAUGUCCAAAUGUCAGACAAUGGAAAGUACCAGUGCUUUUUUGGAAGAGGCGAUGUAUUUGAACAAGCAAGUCUGGAAGUGAAGGUGGCAGGUCUAGGUUCUGCUCCUCACCUCCGCUUGGAAGGACAUGAGGAUGGAGGGAUUAAGCUGGCAUGCACAACAGACGGAUGGUUCCCAAAGCCCCAGGUGCAGUGGAGAAACAAUAAGGGAGGGAAGUUUUCCUCCCUCUCUGAGACCCAGGUCCAAGAUAAAGCUGGUUUCUUCCAUGUGAAGGCGUUGAUUGUGGUCCAAGACAGCUCCAUUAGGAAUGUAUCCUGCUCCAUCUACAACAUGCUCCUGGGUCAGGAGAAGAUGUCAGUCAUUGACAUCCCAGAGUCCUUCUUCCCUAAGACUUCUCCCUGGAAGAAAGCCCUGACUGGAAUCUUACCUGUGGUGGGAAUUCUCCUUGGAAUUAGCAUCUUUUUCAUCCUGAAAGAAAGGAAGGAAGUAAAGAAAUUGCACCAGGAAAAGAAGGACCAACAAGAAGAGAAAGAAUCUCUCAGAAUAGAUCUUGAAAAAAGGAAGCAUCUCUAUGAUUCAGCCUGGAAGAAGGCCCACAUAUAUGCUGACUGGAGAAAGAAACAUUUUCAGGCAUUGAAUGUGACUCUGGAUCCAGCCUCUGCUCAUCCUGGCCUCACUGUCUCUAAGAAAGAGAACUCGCUGAAGGUGGGAAAUGCAGACAAGAGUGCAGAAGAAACCUUCAGUGUCCUGGGCCAGGAGGCCAUCACCUCUGGGAGAUAUUACUGGGAGGUGAAGGUGGAAAUGGGGGUUGGGAACAAAGCUACUUGGUAUCUUGGAAUUUGUAGGGACAAUGUAAACAGGAGUGGGUGGUUCAGAGAGUCCCCAGAAACUGGGUUCUGGGUCGUAGGAUGCUUUGAAGGGGUAUUUCAGUCAAUGAUUGGUAAACACUUAGAGUCUCCAUCCCUGGGGAAGCCCCCAGAGCAGAUAGGUAUAUUCCUGGAUUAUGAGGCAGGAGACGUCUCAUUUUACAACAUGACAGAUGAGUCUCACAUCUACACCUUCCCCCCAGCCCCCUUCUCUGGGCCUGUGCACCCAUACUUUAGUAUUCAGACCCUCGACACAUCUUUCACCAUCUGCCAUGUGUCAGACAGAACUGAGAGGACCCCUGCCCCUUCUCUGGAGACCCCGAUGGCCUCCCAAGAGCAGGAACGGCUUCUUGGUGACAAGGAACAGGCUCCAGAGGACAAAUCUACCACAACACAAAGCCAUUCUCCACCUCAUUAUGAGCCUGUUUCCCAGGAUACCAAGUAA